CACAUACAAAUAAACGACGCGCAUAGUUUUGGCGCGCGCGCCUGCGUCGUCCGCGCCCGACUUCGAUCUCGUGCCGCUUCCGUGUCUGCGCACGUCCCAGCCGGUCGACAUGAGUACACCGGUGAAGAAAGUUCCGAUACACCUGCAGAGUGCACAAAAUCGCUUAUUAAUAAAAAAUGGCAAAGUUGUCAACGAAGAUAACAUUUUUGAUGCCGAUGUCUACAUUGAAGAUGGCAUUAUCAAACAACUUGGCCGGAAUCUUAUCAUACCGGGCGGCACUCGGACGAUCGACGCUAGGGGCAAGUUCGUGAUGCCGGGUGGCAUUGAUCCGCAUACGCACUUCGAGCUCGAACUCAUGGGCGCAACGAGUGUCGACGAUUUUUAUCAAGGGACGAAGGCUGCGGUUGCCGGUGGCACCACUACGAUCAUCGACUUCGUCAUACCUAAGGGCGAGGAGAGUCUACUUGAGGCGUACGAGAGGUACAGGAUCACCGCCGAUGAGAAGGUUUGCUGUGACUAUACUCUUCACGUCGGUGUCACCAGCUGGAAUAACAGGACGAGAGAGGAAAUGGCAACGCUCGUACAGCAGCACGGUAUAAACAGCUUCAAGUUCUUUAUGGCGUAUCGUGAUCUCUUUAUGCUAAGGGAUCCGGAAUUAAUCGAGGCCUUUAAAGUCUGCAAGAGCUUGGGCGCCGUAGCUAUGAUUCAUGCGGAAAAUGGCGAUAUAAUAUACGAGAAUACAAAAAAGUUGCUAGCCGCAGGUGUAACAGGGCCCGAAGGUCAUGAGAUGUCACGCCCCGAAGAGGUUGAGGCGGAAGCAGUUAACCGUGCUUGUGUUAUUGCAAAUCAGCUCAACAGUCCACUGUACGUGACAGCCGUUUCGAGCAAAUCCGCUGCGGACGUGGUGUCCGGGAAGCGAGCCGACGGGGCUCUCAUCUACGGCGAGGUUCUGGCCGCGAGCCUUGGUAUCGACGGCAGCGCCCAGUACGAACAAGACGUGCUCAGGGCAAGAAGCCUCGUUACCAGUCCUCCUCUUAGGCCCGACCCUACUACGCCGACCUAUCUCAUCGAGCAGAUCGUCCAGGACGGACUGCAAGUGACGGGUAGCGACAACUGCACUUUCAACAGCGACCAAAAGGCUCUUGGUAAACAUGACUUCUCCAAAAUCCCCAACGGCGUAAACGGUGUUGAGGACCGCAUGUCCAUUGUAUGGCACAAGGGUGUGUACAAUGGUAUCAUGGAUCCGACACGAUUCGUCGCCGUCACAAGCACCAAUGCGGCCAAGAUAUUCAACCUCUAUCCGAGAAAGGGCGUCAUUGCCGUUGGUUCGGACGCCGACAUUGUCGUCUGGGACCCAAGCUCUAAUCGUGUCAUCUCCGCCGAGACUCAUCAUCAGGCCUGCGAUUUCAACAUCUUCGAGGGCAUGGAAGUGUAUGGGGUGCCAGAAUACGUAGUGGUUGGUGGCAGAGUGUGCGUAGACGAAUGCGAUUUGAAGGCGGUGCACGGCUUCGGCAAGUUCAUCGAGUGUCCAGCUUAUCCAAGCUAUGUAUACGAAGUCGUGGAGGAGCGUGAAAAGCGUCCUCGUGGAGUUGCACGUUCCGAGGCUGAGGCACGAAAAUACGCUGAGGAGGAGGCGGUAUUUGACAAGGCCCGAGAAGCCGCAAAAGCCGCUAAAGCUGCAGCAGCCGCUGCCGCCGCCGACUCCGCCGUUGCCGCUACCAAUGAGAACAAUCACGUGCAAACCAACGGGACCUCACAUUAUGACGGGGAGUAUGCAAGACCUAGAACAAUUGUUUAUACAUCGACUUUCCCAAACUCGGCCAUAGCCACACCGUCCUUCAAAGGCCCGAGGCUCGAGGGGCAGAGGAAUCUUCAGGACUCAACCUUCUCCAUCAGCGAGGACUCUAAAGAAACUUCGCGAUCCUGCAUCCGCGUCAACAAUCCACCCGGUGGUCGCAGCGCUGGUGGCUUCUGGUAAAUGUUAUGUAACUCAUCUUUGGACGAUAAUCAAAAUGAAGCAGUCGAGAAGGGAAUUUACGAAGGCGAAAAGAAAUAAUUACAACGCAUUAGCCACCGGUCUUUCAUCGCUUCGAAGGGCCGUUGAUGUACUUCGAUACUCACGGAGGACAAGAAUUUACAAUUCGGAAUAACUUGACAAGUUCCAUAUUACGUUUUCGGUUGGAUCGAAAAUCGAUUAUUAUUAUUAUUAUCAUUAUCAUUAUUAUUAUUAUUAUUAU